AUGGUCCGCGUCAACUUCUUCCUCGCUGCCCUCGCUCUGGCCACCGGUGCCCUGGCCAAGACCAACAGCGACUGCCAGACUCAGUACAACUCCUGCCGCACCGGCACCGAUGCCAACAUGUCCUACUGUGUCUCUGAGCACCAAAGCUGUUGCGCCGAUGUCUACGACAGCUGCCGCGUUGGCGCCGACGCCAACAUGGCUCAGUGCGCUGCUGAUAACGCUGCCUGCAAGGCCCAGUCUUGA